UCUCCGGUUAUCCUUCCGGGUUCAAGCGUCGAAAAAGUCGGGGAUUACUUUUUUUCGCUUCAGGUGCCGUCGUUCGGGGGAUCGUCGUUCUUGGAACUGGACGGGCUCGGGGCUGCUGCGGCACUGCACUUCGAACUGUCGAUGUCGAUCAAGCCAGAGAAAGCAGACGGAAUCGUUGCCUACAACGCCGGGCACGUUCUUCGGGGGUUCGACCUCGAAGAUCCCAAUUACUUCCUGGUCUACCUACUCGACCAGCGUGUCGUGUUCGAGUUCAACCUGGGCUUUGAAACCAUCGCCGUGAAGAGUCCGACAAAGGUGGCAUUAUGGCGGUGGCAUAAAAUCACCAUCACCAGAACCGGUCGGCUAGGGUAUCUCAAAGUCGACGACGAGCCACCCGUCACAGGAGCCUCUAGGAGUGGGUUCACGCAGCUGUUGCUGAACAGAAAUUUGUUUCUAGGAGGCGCACCGCGCUCCGAAUUGCCCAGCGGUGCUCUGACCAGACUGCCCAGUCAAGAUGCCAAUUUCCACGGAUGCAUCGACCAGAUAUCGCUGAAUGGAGAAGCUCUGGACGUAACUGGGCCAUCGGUGCAAGGCGUCAACGUUGCCAACUGUCGAGAUUGCGCCCCGGGAAAAUGCCAACACAGAUCACUUCCCUUACUCAGCAGCGAUGCUGGGAUUUUGUUUCCUGGGUGUUCAUCUUCGACGCCUGCCUUUGCCAUAAGUGGCAAUGGAUACCUUUACAUGCCCACUGUCGAUCCAACCCCGUGGAACGAGACUGAGACGUCCUUUAUCCGUCUGAGAGUUAAGACGGUUCGCCUCGACGGCCUGCUUUUGUGGGCUGCGAAUUCCCUGUCGUACGACGAUGAAUCAGAUCCCCGCGACCGCGACCUAAUUGCAGUGUUCGCCCAUCAGGGCCGGACGCAUAUCCGGUACAUCGUCGACAACGGCCUCGUGCACGUUCUCGAGGAUCAGACGACUUUCCUGGCCGACGGGCAAUGGCACUGCAUCAGCAUCACUAGGAAGCGAGACGGGCUGUCACUUUCCGUGGACGGAAACCCCGAGACGACGUCAACGCAUGUUCCGGAAAGUUUCUGGCAACGACUGAAUUCUUUAUUCAUCGGGGGAAUUCCAGGCGAUUCGCCGCUGGAGUCGAGCUCGGCUCAAGAACUGUUCAAAGCCCCAGCGCCAGAAUCUCAUGGGUUCUUUGGUUGCGUGCAGCCCAUAGUAUCCGCUAGCGGAGAAAUCCUAGACGUUUUGGGUGCCGCCGUGGACCGAAGGAAUUUGGCUUCAUGCGACGGACGAUGAGCAUUUCUUUUUUUCUGAGGUGCUGCAUCUUACGGCAUAGAUGGCUGUUCAAACGAUGCUGAGCGAGCAUAGAAACCGGCACAUCCGAAAUCCUGAUUUUUUGUGGGGAAAAUGAGGGUUUUUCUCUGUUGGUCCGGCGAAGAAGCAUCGUGUGAUUUCUUUGGAUGAGAAGAACAUGCACAAAUGCCUGAAUCUUUAGAAGCACCCACUGUUCUCAUCGCGGGAGGGGAAUUUUCGGUCGGCCCGCAUUGGGCCAGAACAAACCACCGAGUGGCACGACGACGGCGCCGCCGCCUUCGAAGCAACGAAAAGAAUGUUGUUCAAAGUUGCGUCCUCGUCCUUUUCCAGAUUUGUUUUCUUCUUCGGGCAAUUAUUUUCAACUGUCGUGCUUUCGACUAUGUACUAUGAGUUCAAUGAUAUGAAGCAAGUUGAAGGGAAAAGGUUUAGAUGGAAUAGUUUGAGCAUACGCCUCGCACUGCAAUCGCUGUUGUGGACGGUAGAUUUCCUUUCUUACUGCGCACCAAAAUACUGUAAUAUUUAAACGCACCGGCUUUACUCAUUUUCAAGUAAUUUCCAGCUGUGUGUGGAUGAAGAACCUUCGAUGCUUGAAUCGGUGAGCCAAGGAACCUCGUUCGCAUGAGUGAGUGCAUUGCGAGACUUUAAAAAGGCGCUUGCGAGGCCAGUCAGCCGAGCAGUCUUACUCAUGAAUAUUUGUACUGCACUCGACCGGAAUUAUCCAAGUUCUCUGUACUGUAUAUGCUUUAGAGCCGUAGUAAUGUAUUUCAGACCAGUGGUUGCGACUCGAACUUUAGCCAUCUUGAAAGUGGGGCAACUUAGGAAUUCUGAGGACCUCUAUGGGUAAGACAUCAUAUCAUGAAGUAAUGAGAUUCUUCUCGCCGGCGGGAUUUAUUUUACGGCCUAUUUUGUAAUCUGGAUCAUAUAUUUUGAAAAUUUCCAUCCUGCACAAGUAUUUUCACAAAUACAUGCCUUUUUGUGUGGGGAAACUCAA